AUGGAGGAAUUAAGCUGCAUUCCGGGUUAUGGCAAUAUAAAUGUUCAAGCAUUGUAUAAACCACAAGAAGACUAUGUGUUUGUUAACGACAUAAAAGCAAAAAAAUUCUCAUAUGAUCCAUAUUUUAAGAAAGAACCGAAGGGUCCAUUCAUCAAAGAAUAUUAUGAAAAAUACGAUAUUACCGGAACUUUAAAGGACUCUACAUUUUUUCCGCUUAUUCUUUCACAACAAAAAAUGAAUAGACAAUCCAAUCCUUUUGUGGCUUAUCCUUAUGGCGUGCCUCGAGAUCCAGAAUAUGAAAAAUGCCCCAAGUGUAAAAAGAGCAAAAAAUAUAAGAAAGGAAAAAAUAAUGGGACUUGUAACAAUAAUGGGAAUAAAGGCAAAAAUGAAAAUAAAGGCAAAAAUGAAAAUAAAGGAAAAAAUGAAAAUAACGGCAAAAAUGAAAAUAACGGAAAAAAUGAGAAUAACGGUAAAAAUGGGAAUAGUAAUAAUAACGAGAAAAAGAAUAAAUAUCACUGCGGACUAGAGUUUUUCAUUUCAAAAUUAAAUCCAUGUAGUAACAAUAGUCCACAUGAUAAAACGGAUAUUAAUGAAGACAGCUGCUCUGAGAUUAACCCAGAUUUUUCUACCAUAAAUGAUUCUCAGGAAGAAGAUUGUGAAGCACGCAACUGCAUCAGUCAAGAAACACCUUUUUCAAACAAUACAGAAAGGGUCUAUCCUCCUGGUAAUUACGGUACAAGAGGAACACACGCGCAUGUAACAGAAAUAAACCAUUCAAAUGGUUGUGAUAUAAUGGGUAGUUAUUAUACAAAUUCCCCUAAAUACUCUAAUGCUGAUGAGGACAGAUCUGACUAUUAUUAUAGCUACAAUGAAAGUGCAAAUCUCAAAUCUCAAGAGGAAAUGGAAAAAUUAUAUAAAGAAAAAAUGCAAAGGAAAAAAAAUUUCCAUUUAAAUGCUAAUGAUCAAAACUGUAAAGGAAACGUUUCUUAUUCUAACGAAAAAAGAGAAAAAAAAUUUAGUAUGAACUAUUCUGAUUCUGAAGAAGGUGCAAGUCUUCACAAUACAGAAGCGGAAAGCAGACGUGAACAUGUCGUAACAGAAUGUUUGGAGCAUGACGAGAUAAACGAUGACGAGAUUAACGAUGACGAGAUAAACGAUGACGAGUUUAACGAUGAUGAGAUUAACGAUGGCGAGAUUAGCGAUGGAGAGAUUGACGACGAUGAAAAGAACAGCAGUGGGAACAGCUACAACAAUAGUUACAAGUGUGAAAAGAAUCCUCAAAAAUUUAAAAGUACAUAUACAGGUGAGGAUAAUAAAUUACGAAGCCUCAACAAAAGAGAAUUAAUGGAAGGGAACUAUAAGGAUAUAUGUCCCGAAAAAAUAAAUAGAGAAAACAAAGAGAUGGAUGUAACGAAUAGAGUAAAGCAGGACAAAAACGCAAAACAACAUAUUAAACAGGUAAAAAUUUGUGAAAAUGAAAAUACUUUGAAUAAAUACAGCGUUUUGGAAAGCCUCAAGAAACAAAACAACUUAAAAGAGCACUCAAGGGAGCCCACGAAAGGGCACCCAAAAGAGCAUUCAAUGGGACUGCCGAAAAGAAUCCCAAAAGAAUACUCAAAGGAGCACGCAAAUGAGAACUCCAAGCCAACGCGACCUUUACAAAUAAAUCCUAACGAUUCAAACAAACCGGAAAAGAAUAAUAAAAAGGAGCACUAUGGUAGAGUGUGUAAAUUAAUUAAUUCAAAAUACGAAAAUGAAAGAAAAAAAAAAUAUGUCGGAUCAACAAAACAUAAAUUAGAAAAUGCAAAUGUCUUUGAAUCACUCACAUCAAAUGAGGGAGAUACUAAAUUUCCCACUUCACCAAAGAGAGUUACAGUAAAAUAUAGGAAGGCAUACUUUGAGAAAGAAAAUAUUUUACCAAAGAAGAAGAUUGAAAAAAGAGAAUUUACUCAUAAAAAUUCGAAAGCAGUUAUUGCUAGAACAAAAUCGUUAAAGGUAAGAAGAGGUACUAUAAAUUUCCCAACGAAAAAUAGUAAUAUCCUUUAUAGAAAAAAAAGCAUCUUGAACAAACAAAAGUCUAUGGUUGAAACCAAAUUUAAAAAACAGAAUACAAUGUUACUAAAAAAAAAAAAAACCAUGUCAAGGUUAAACUCUACAAAACAACCAUACAUUAUUAAUAUAAACAAAAAAAAAGUCAUAACUACACAGAAAAGUAUGAACGUUUUAGGUAAUAAAAAAAAUAAUAAUUCACAAUUAGGAUCAAAAAAAAUACUUGCUAGAUCAAAGACGAAGGUCUAUAUAGGUAAUGAAACCAAGAUUUUCAAAAAAGCGAACGUGAAAAUGCUCUCCAAAAAUCCUUUUAACCCACGAAUAUCAACAGAGAGUUCAAAAAUGAGUGAACAGGAUAACAGCAAAAAAAAAAAAAAAGAAGAAAGAGAGGGACAAGGAGAAAAAGGAGGUGAUAAAGUAAGAAAAAUGGAAGGAGAAACCGAAAGAGAAACCGAAAAAGAACGAAAAAACGGAAGAACUCACGGAAACGAUGCUACUACAAAUAAAGGGAAACCACAUGUUCACUUGAGCACUAUAUUAUUAACAAAGAAUGGUAAUAAUACCAUAAGAAACAAACUAAAAUCAAAAAAGAAAGAGCUAUUUGAAAAUAUUAUAUGCUUAACAAAAAACAUGAAGGAACACCCACUGAAGAAAAAGUAUAAUGAUAAUAUAGAUCCGAGAGAUUUAUUAUCAGCAACUUCUAACAAUAGCACUGAUAGUUAA